UAUCUGAGAAGGUGCACAGAAAUAAUCAAAAAUGACUAUCUGUUGUCGGAUUUGUUUUGAAGAAAAUCCUAAGAAUUUCUGUCUCUACAAAUGUAUGAGAAAAAAAUAUUUGCCCAGUGUUAUUUUUAACAUCAGUGGAGUGAAAGUUACGAAAAAGCUUGAGCCAGAGGCACACAUUUGCCGUCGCUGUGCUGCAUCGAUAUUGGUUGCUGAAAAGAUCAUAUCGCGAUGCCAGGAAUCAGAAGAAUUUCUUCAGUUUCGUCGUUUAAAGGAAAUUUGCUUAUCAAGACAAUCUCCAACUCCGAAGACAGAAAGCUCUAACGUAGAAACAUAUGAAAAAUACCAGCCUGCUUCCGCUUGCAGUGAAUUGGAAGAAUCAUUACCAUUAGAACCAAAUGGUGAGCAUUUGUUACAAUCUGUCAAGCAACUUCAUAUAAUAAAAAAUGAAAAUACGAACAAUUCUAAACGGCUUGGAGACAACGAAAGUCAGUUCUCCGAUAAUUACGAACCAGCAGAAAAACGUUUAAAGAGUAAAGAAGUUACAUCAGUGUCCAGCUUUGAUUGCGAUCGAUGUGACUUCACUACCAAGAUAGGUAAACGUUUUAUAGAACACAAACAAAUUGAGCAUGGGGUGUACGAUCCAAAUAUCUAUACAUGUACUAUUUGUUCUGAAAGCUUUUCUUGGAAACCAACACUGUAUAGACAUAUAGAGAUAGACCACAAAAUACUACCUGCAGAUAAAAAACAUUUAUGUAAUGAAUGCGGUCGUGCCUAUAUGCGGGAAGUCCACUUAUUAGAACAUAUAAAGCAGCGGCAUGGACCGCGUUGUUUCAAAUGUCCUGAUCCACUAUGUGAGCAAUCAUUCACUCGAACGUUCACUCUUAGACGUCAUUUCAUCACUACACACACGGAACAAACAAGCUCACGUUAUCAUUGCGUAGAUUGUAAAAAAUACUUUAAGGUUUAUGAUCAAUGGAAAUACCAUAAUGAAGUUAUUCACAAAAAUGAAAUUGUAUACUGCCCACAUUGUGGCUAUCCUUUUCGCUUCAAAGAAAAGCUAGAUGAACAUAUUUUGAAGGAUAUAUGCAAACGUAGUAUUGUGCCAUGCUCCUAUUGCCAAAGACGCUUCACAACAAAAUGUGGAUUGAGAGAGCACGUGCGGAAUAUACACARCAUCUACUAGUUAAGAACGUGUAUUGAUUGCUUGGAAGCACCGAAAAAAAAAAAUAGCCAUAAUUUCUUUGCUUUAUAUUAAACCAUUAAUAUUUGGCUUUAUACCCAAAAAUAAUAAUAACCAACUGAAUAAGAGGCUCACUAAUUUGAAUAUAUGGCCCUUGUACUGAAAGUUUCCACUUUUUAAGGUUCUCACAGAAACAUGAUUUAAAACACAUGAACUUUUAUCCAUGCGCAGAAAAAAUUUCAAACUGGGAACAAUUUGACAUAUUUACGAAAGGCCUAAGCAAAACAAACCCGAAGAAUAACUGUAAAGGAAAACAGCAAAAUAAAAAUGCAGCCAGAUAAGAUGCAGCAACAAUUUCUUCUACACAAUAAUAUACAUAUGCAUAUUUAAAGCCAAAAACUUAAAGGACCUUUAACUAAGGACCUACAAAUAAUCAUUUGUAAAAAAGUUGAUACGAAUAGAAGAGAACUACCCACAAUAUACUAAGUAAAUGGAGCAGGCAGCAGCAUAACCAAAAAUAUAUAACCACAUACAUAAAUAGGUAUGAACAUACACCAUAUGCUCUUAUACAAUCAACAAAUCGAAAGCCAUAAGCCAAGUGUUAAUGUUCUUUAAUUAAAUUAUGAAAGAAGUGACGUAGCAGACUGUUAGAAUGGCGUUUAUUAUUUAUACAGCCAAACUGAAAGCGGUUGCCUUUUAUCGCAGAAUUUGUGAACAUAAUUCAACCGGAACAGUAUCACUCAAUUUGUAUUGAGAAUGCUUGUUUACUAUUUCAGUGCAUGUAAUUUUCGUUGCAAAAUUAAUUAUCAGGUAAGACUGACAUAGUAAAUGUACUUUAGUUUGAUUUCAUUUUAAAUGUUAUUUGGAGCCUAAGAAGGAGUAGGAACACGGUGUUAUGUAGCAACCAAAUAAAAAGGAAUAACAUUUUUGAAAGCUCAGCUGCUUUUAUGGAAUUAUAUUAUUUAUAGAAUUAUUAUUAUUUAAUACGAAGAAAAGUGAAACGGAGAAACAAAGUGAGUCAUAGACAUAUACCAUGGCAUCGCUUCGAUUGAUAAAUCGGUUAAUAAUACGUGGAUUCAUAUCUCUGUCUUUGCUGCUGGUUUUCUUCAACGAAUUUAUAGUUUACUAUAUCAAUCAGACUACAUGGAAACAAAUUUAUUGUAAACACGAUAACUGUACAAGAAUAUUGUUUGUAGCGGAUCCACAAUUAAUAGGCAAUUCUUACGAGAAGGGGUUUUGGAGCCCUAUUUCGCGUUACGAUGCUGAUAGAUACUUGAAAAAGACUUUUGAGCGAACACUAGACUUCACACAGCCUCAUAUUAUUUGCUUUCUCGGCGAUCUCUUGGAUGAGGGAAGCAUUGCAAACCAACAAGACUUUGAUAGCUACGUCAAACGAUUCAAUCGAAUUUACAACACGAACACAAAUAUAAAAUUCAAAUUAAUCUCUCCAUAUGCGCAGCGGAUUCAUGUGCCGGGAGAUAAUGACAUUGGCGGCGAAGAUGGAGAGUAUAUUUCAAACUCAAAUGUGCGCCGCUUCGAAGAGUCUUUCCAAAGUGAAGAUCUCUUUGACUACGAAAAUAUGUUACGGUUUUUUAAAAUAAAUCGGAUGAUGCUCGACUUUUCGAAUCCAGAUCGUGAACACAAUGCACAACGUUUACGUGUAGGUAUUUCGCAUGCCCCAAUUCUCAUUGGUGGUGGACCACUUUUGCGUUCGGUACUUAGUGAAUUGGAUCCCCAUGUAAUAUUCUCUGGUCACUGGCAUGAAUCUAGAAUAUUCAUACAUCCAUCAACGCAUGUAGUGAAUUUUUAUGAGUCAACAGUGCGACAUUUCGACUUGCGCUCUCUAAAAGAGAAGGAGCAUCAGUAUCUGGAAAUUAUGGUACCUACAGCUUCGUACCGUAUGGGGAAAAUGAAGAUGGGUCUUGGGUACGCGGUGCUAGAAAACUAUCAACUUAGCUACACAGUACUCUGGCUGCCCAACCGAUUCAUUUACCUGUUUUUAUAUUUAUUUUGGCUGCUUCUAUCAAUUUGUGGUUUCAUUGUGUUCAGAAUGAUGACGCGAUGCCCAUUUCGCGUAGCUAAGCGUCAAUCAUUAUACAACCGUACUUUAAACAUGUCUUAAUUUUUGGAUAUAAUAUAUAUAUAUAUAUAUAUAAUGUAAAAUUAAUUAAUUAAAAGUCCAUAUUCUGUAAAGGUUGAAACCUAUAAAUAAUAUUAAGUAUUAAAUGUGU